AUGGCUGCCGAUAUGCCCGUUGAGAAGCCUGAGGAGACGCAUCACCGGGCGGAGAGUCUGGCUUCUAGCGACGCGGAGGUUGAGAAGCAGCAGCCUGUCGCCGAUGAGCAACAACAAGAACAGAAAGAUGAAGACCUGUCGAGACAGAAAUCAGCGGCGCCGUCUGAGAUUGAGUAUCCCCCGACCAGAGAACGAGUCGUCAUUUUCAUCGCGAUUCUGCUCGCUCUCUUCCUGAUGGCUUUAGACCGAACAAUCGUCGCCACCGCCAUCCCCCAAAUCACCAACGAAUUCCACUCCCUCGACGACGUGGGCUGGUACGCCAGCGCCUUCAUGAUGACCGCCAGCGCCCUGCAGCCCGUCUUCGGAAAGAUCUAUUCCUUCUUCUCGCCGAAAUACGUCUUCUUGACGUUGAUCAUCCUCUUCGAAGUGGGCAGCGUGGUCUGCGGCGCGGCGCCCAACUCGGUUGCUUUCAUCAUCGGGAGAGCGAUUGCUGGGGCGGGUUCGGCGGGUAUCCAGGCGGGAGGUGUGGUUUUAAUGGUUUCGAUUAUUCCGUUGUCGAAACGGCCGAAGUAUAUGGGCCUUUUCGGGGCCGUCUUCGGCAUCGCCAGCGUGAUAGGACCUCUUCUAGGAGGAGCUUUCACCACCAAUGUCACCUGGCGCUGGUGUUUCUACAUCAACCUCCCCAUCGGCGGCGUCGCCUGGGUGGUGAUCCUCUUCAUCCUCAAACCAACCACGCCCGCACAACCGAACCUGACAGCCAGGCAACAACUCGCCCAACUCGACCUCCUCGGCGAAUUCUUCCUCCUCCCCUCGAUCAUCACGCUCCUCCUCGCCCUCCAAUGGGGCGGCGCCCAAUACGCCUGGUCCGACGGGCGCAUCAUCGCCCUCCUCGUCGUGUUCGGCGUGACCCUCCUCGCCUUCAUAACCGUGCAAAUCCUCCGGCCAACCACCGCCACAAUCCCCCCGCGCCUGAUCAAAAACCGCACCAUCGUCGCCGGCAUGUUCUACACCUUCUGCAUGGCCUCCGCCAUGAUGCUCUCCGUCUACUUCCUCCCCAUCUACUUCCAAGCGAUCAAAAACACCUCCGCGGUCAAAUCCGGCAUCGACACCCUGCCCCUCGUCCUCGCCCUCGUCGUGGGAAGCAUCCUCUCCGGCCAGCUCGUCGCCCGUAUAGGAUACUACACGCCCUUCGCCAUGCUCUCCUCCGUCCUGAUGCCCAUCGGCGCGGGCCUCAUCACCACCUUCAACCUGCACACGAGCAGCGCGGAGUGGAUCGGCUACCAGAUCCUCAUCGGGCUGGGCAUCGGCGCGGGGAUGCAGCAGGGCACCUUGGGAGCACAAACCGUCCUCGCGCGCAAAGACGUCCCCGCGGGCGUCGCGAUGAUGUUCUUCGUGCAGCAGCUCGGCGGCGCGAUCUUCGUCUCCGUCGGCCAGAACUCCUUCGACAACCACCUCGUCAAGGGACUGAGAAAUCUCGUGCCGGGCUUCGAUCCCACCAAGACGGGCGCAACGGCGUUGAGGAGUCAGGUCCCCGCGGGGCAAUUGGGGGCUGUGUUGACGGUGUAUAAUUCUGCGAUUCGGCAGGUUUUUGUGGUGGCGGUGGUUAUGGCUUGUUUGAGUGCGUUGGGGAGUUUUGCGCUGGAGUGGAGGACUGUGAAGGGGAAGCAGGGGCCGACGCAGAGGGGAACUGAGACUGCGUCAUCAUCAUAUGCCUCUCCAUAA